AGUGACUGUUUCUGCUCCAGGGUGGGCCGCGAAGCCCCGGCCUACCCUGCCUGGGCGCAGUUAAGGCAAACUGAUGCGGUGCUGACCCGGUGACCAUGGCGGUGUUUCACGACGAGGUGGAGAUCGAGGACUUUCAAUAUGACGAGGACUCGGAGACAUAUUUCUACCCCUGCCCCUGUGGAGAUAACUUCGUCAUCACCAAGGAAGAUUUGGAAAAUGGAGAAGAUGUGGCAACGUGUCCUAGCUGCUCACUCAUUAUAAAAGUGAUUUAUGACAAAGAUCAGUUCAUGUGUGGAGAAACAGUUCCAGCACCUUCAACCAACAAAGAGUUAGUUAAAUGCUGAAGAAGCUCUCAGGAACCCACAUCCUGAACAGCGGGGGCUGAGUCCAGGUGGAUGGAUCCAGUGCAGAGUUACCAACCUCCUCAGUGGGCAGCUGUCCUGUGGAUGGCCUCGUGGGGGUGAUCUUCAUCAGCCACUGAACUCAGCAUGAAAAAGUGAGCCUGUGACAUGUCAGACCUGGAUUCCAUACUUAGUGGAACUGGAAGGAUUCCUAAUUGUCCAUCUGAAUUCAAGGAGAGCCUCAUAAACUGGCGGUUUUCCUUCAGUGGGUUGCAUCAUUUGAAUAUCUGAAAGUUCAUUUUCUGAAAAUAACAUCAUCCGCCUCAGUCCUGA